CACGUGUGUCCCCGCGCCCGGCGGCCACCCGACUCAGUCCCUCGCCGGCCGGUCUGGGCAGCGGAGGAGGGUGGUUGGCAGCGGCUGGAGGCUUCGCUAUGGGAAGUUGUUCCUUCGCUCUCUCGCGCCCAGCUCUCCUCCCUGGUUCUCCGCAGCCGUUGUCGGAGGAGAGCACGGGGAGGCGCGGGGUGCAGCCGCGGCUGCUUCUCCCCGCCCGGGCUGCCGCGCAGCUGGGCAGGUGCUGAGCGCCCCCGGAGCCUCCCUCGCCGCCUUCCUUCUGUGCCCGGCAGUCCCGCUGCCGCAGUGCACAUGGGGUGUUGGAGGUAGAUGGGCCCCCGGCUCGGGAGGCGGCGGUGGAUGCGGCGCUGGGCAGAAGCAGCAGCCGAUUCCAGCUGCCGGGGGGCCACGCACCCCGAGCGCCCUGCGAGCCCCGGGCUCAGCCAUGGGGACCUCCACGAGCAGCAGCACCGCCCUGGCCUCCUGCAGCCGCAUCGCCAGAACCACGAUGAUCGCGGGCUCUCUUUUCCUGCUUGGAUUCCUCAGCAUCACCAUGGCUCAGCCAGAGCAGAAGGUCCCGAGUCUCAUCGGCAAAUACCACCAUGUCGACCGUGUCACCGGCCAGGUGCUAACCUGUGACAAGUGUCCAGCGGGAACCUAUGUGUCUGAGCACUGUACCAACACGAGCCUGCGUGUCUGCAGCAGCUGCCCCGUGGGGACCUUUACCAGACAUGAGAAUGGCAUAGAGAAAUGCCACCAGUGUAGUCAGCCAUGCCCCUGGCCAAUGGUUGAGAAGUUACCUUGUGCUGCCUUGACUGACCGAGAAUGCACUUGCCCACCUGGCAUGUUCCAGUCAAAUGGUACCUGCGCCCCCCACACAGUGUGCCCUGUGGGUUGGGGGGUGCGGAAGAAGGGGACAGAGAUGGAAGACGUGCGGUGUAAGCAGUGUGCUCGGGGGACCUUCUCCGAUGUGCCUUCUAGUACGAUGAGAUGCAAAGCAUACACAGACUGUCUGAGUCAGAACCUGGUGGUCAUCAAGCUGGGGACCAAGGAGGCAGACAAUGUCUGCGGCCCACUCCCGUCCGUCUCCAGCACCACCCCACCCUCCCCCGGCACAACCAGCCCUUCACACCCUGAGCACACGGAACCCCAUGAAGACCCUUCCUCCACUUUCAUUCCCAAAGGCAUGAACUCAACAGAAUCCAACUCUUCUGCCUCUGUUAGACCAAAGGUGCUGAGCGGCAUCCAGGAAGGGACAGUCCCUGACAACACAAGCUCAGUGAAGGGGGAGGAAGGCAUGAACAAGACCCUCCCAAACCUCCAGGUAGCCAACCACCAGCAAGGCCCCCACCACAGACACAUCCUGAAGCUGCUGCCAUCCAUGGAGGCCACUGGGGGUGAGAAGUCCAGCACACCCAUCAAAGGCCUCAAGAGGGGCCAUCCCAGGCAGAACCCACAUAAGCAUUUUGACAUCAAUGAGCAUCUGCCCUGGAUGAUUGUGCUUUUCCUGCUGCUGGUGCUUGUGGUGAUCGUGGUGUGCAGUAUCCGGAAAAGCUCGAGGACUCUGAAGAAGGGGCCCCGGCAGGAUCCCAGCGCCAUUGUGGAAAAGGCAGGGCUGAAGAAAUCCAUGACCCCAACCCAGAAUCGGGAGAAGUGGAUCUACUACUGCAAUGGCCAUGGUAUCGACAUCCUGAAGCUUGUAGCAGCCCAAGUGGGAAGCCAGUGGAAGGAUAUCUAUCAGUUUCUGUGUAAUGCCAGCGAGAGGGAGGUGGCCGCUUUCUCCAACGGGUACACGGCGGACCACGAGCGGGCGUACGCAGCGCUGCAGCACUGGACCAUCAGGGGUCCCGAGGCCAGCCUGGCCCAGUUAAUCAGCGCCCUGCGCCAGCACCGGCGCAACGAUGUCGUGGAGAAGAUCCGGGGCCUGAUGGAAGAUACCACCCAGCUGGAAACCGACAAGCUGGCUCUCCCGAUGAGCCCCAGCCCCCUCAGCCCAAGCCCCAUCCCCAGCCCCAACACGAAGCUUGAGAAUUCCACACUGCUGACGGUGGAGCCCUCCCCGCUGGAUAAGAACAAGGGCUUCUUCGUGGAUGAGUCCGAGCCCCUCCUGCGCUGUGACUCCACCUCCAGCGGCUCCUCCGCGCUGAGCAGGAACGGCUCCUUUAUAACCAAAGAAAAGAAGGACACAGUGUUGCGACAGGUCCGCCUGGACCCCUGCGACUUGCAGCCUAUUUUUGAUGACAUGCUCCACAUCCUGAACCCUGAGGAGCUGCGGGUGAUCGAGGAGAUUCCUCAGGCUGAGGACAAGCUGGACCGGCUGUUUGAGAUUAUUGGAGUCAAGAGCCAGGAAGCCAGCCAGACCCUCCUGGACUCUGUUUAUAGCCAUCUUCCCGACCUGUUGUAGAACACGAGGCUACUACACUCUGGAGAUGACUCCAUUUAGUGGCAGGGUGGCAUUUUUUGUUUCGUUUUGUUUUGUUUUUAAUUUUUGGUUUGGGGUAUGUGUGUGUAUAUGUGUGUGUGUCUUUAACAGAGUAUAUGGCCAGUGUUUUGAGUUCUCUCUUUUUUAAAACCCUUCUGGGACGCUCACUUCUAAGCCUUUUCCACUGUUGCAGGAUAACCACCACUGAACUUUUUCUUUGGUUUUUAGAGUCCAUGUUUUCUCCGUCUUGCUUUCUCAAAAUUGUUCUGUGCACGCUAAAGUCACUUCAUGUACCACAAACAAAUGCGGUGUGGCUCUUACCUCACACUGGGUUGUGAGGCUCUCACCUUCUGAACAAGUGUCAUGGCCUCUUGUAAGUCGUCUUCCUGUCUCAGCAUCCCCAUCUGCUUUUAUCAUUAUUAUUAUUACUACUAUUUUAUUAUUUGUCAUUUACGAAUUUUCUUAAGGGUUCAAGUAAUGGAAGACCCCGUUGAGUUACUGUAAUGCAAUUAGAGUUUGAGUUAUCUUUUUACUAUGCCUUGUUGUAUAGUUCAUCUUCAUGGCUGAAACUUGACCACACUGUUGCUGAUUGUAUGGUUUUUCACCUGAACACCAUGUAGAAUGCAUUGAUUCCUUGUGCUCCUCUUAUGCUAAUCUGCUCUGGGCUGGAGACAUGAAAUCCUCACAAGCCAUCACGACUUGCCAUUUGAGUGGCUUGACCACUGGGCCACCAAAGAACUUGAACUUCACCUUUUAGGGAUCGAGCUGUUCUGGAACCUAUUGCUGCACUUUGGAAAGUCACACUCGAGUUGCUGGUGAUAACUGGCAUCUGUUCCAAAGGGAAUUUGCCCAGCUUUGCUUUAAAAGAUGUCUUGUUUUUUAUAUACAUAUAGUCAAUAGGUCCAGUCUGCCCUCCACGCCUUGGUCUUGGUGGGUUUCCUUCCUUCAUUCACUUUAAUUAAAAAUGGCUGCAGCUGUACGAACUCUUGUCUGAUAUAUUUGCAACAACUCUGCUCCCAUUUAUAAACGUACUCUCAAUGCUCAGUUGCCAGAUUCUACUGCAAAGGUGGUGUGGACUCCCUUUGCGUGGGCCGGGUUUGUGGGUCGUGGUGAGAGACUGAUGUCAGAAUAAUGCCUUCAAGUGUACUAAUUUAUUAAUAAAUAUUAGGUGUUUGUUA